AUAACGAACUGCGGAAGCCCUUGUUCAACAUUUGAAACCCUAAUUUGCCUUGAGCUUCAAAGGGAGACAGAAAGCGAUAUAUCGAAAUGGCUGUUUUUAACGUGGUACAGAAGCGGCGGAGAGCCGCCAUCGCAGACCGCAAAAGAGCGGUGCAUGGUGAUCCUUUUACUGGAAAGGUCAAGCAUAAGCCCCAAAACACUGUUAUCUCCGGGAAACGUAAGCGAAAGAUCCUGAAAAAAUGGCGUCGGGACCAGAAGGAGGCUGUCGAAAAGGGGCUUAUUACAAUGGAAGAUAUCGAGAUGGCUGUUGCAGAUGGAUCAGGAACGUCAUCUCAAGAUGCCAUUAAAUCUCCAGUAAAGUUUCACAUGAAAAAGAGUGUGAAAAUCAAAUCAAAGCGUGCAACCAAGAAAGAAAAGAAAGGUAAGAACAAAAGAAAAUCAGAUAAGCCAGCCAUGGAGGGUUCAUCAGAUGUGAUGAUGGAGUGAUGAUUAGUGAAUGAUCCAUUUGUUAUUUUGAAGAUGUCUUUAGAUGUUUGUAGAAUGUUAGCUACCCACCCAAACUUAUUCUUCUUAUCAAAUAUGUAAGAAUGAAAUGCUGAAACUAUUCUCUACUGUUUUAUAAGUUAAUGAUAUUUACUUGAAAGCUA